UCUAUCCUUAGAUUUGAUCUAACCUUCAAUCAGAACCAUGAAACUAAUCUAUUUUGCAUUUUUUCUCGUCGCCAUUGUGGCCGCCAGGCCUCCUCCACCCCCAAUGGCAGGGAAACAACCGCCCCCACCACCACCCGCAGGGCAACAACCACUCCCACCACCACCUGCAGGACAACAACCACCACCACCACCCGCAGGGCAACAACCACCCCCACCACCACCUGCAGGGCAACAACCACCACCACCACCACCCGCAGGGCAACAACCACCCCCACCACCACCCACAGGGCAACAACCACCCCCACCACCACCCGCAGGACAACAACCACCACCACCACCAAUUGAUGGACAGCAACCACCUCCACCACCAAUUGAUGGACAGCAACCACCCCCACUACCACAACCUAAACAUCUAGGGGGUAUGAUGCCACCAAUGAACGGUAUGAUGCCACCACCACCGAUGGGUCAAUUUGGGGGAAUGAUGUCACCAAUGAACGGUAUGCCACCCCCACCGAUGGGUCAAUUUGGGGGAAUGAUGCCACCAAUAAACGGUAUGCCACCCCCACCGAUGGGUCAAUUUGGGGGAAUGAUGCCACCAAUAAACGGUAUGCCACCACCGCCGAUGGGUCAAUUUGGAAUGCCACCAUUUUUCCCAUGGUUCUUCCCACCAACUAGCCAAAUGACUUCGACUUCGACUACUUCUGCCACGACCACGAUUGACCCUUCCACAACUACUGCCAGUCCAUAAAAUGAAUGGAUUUAUUUCAAACUCAUGAGUAAUUAUUCUCGAAUAAAAUAAAAUUUAAAACAAUGCUGAAAUAAU